UACAGAAUGUACGCGUCUGCAAACUGGAACAAGCGAACAUACCAGCCAACACUCCAAGGGAAAAAACAAGUUGUCACCAAAAGUCAAACGAUACGUUACAAGUCCAGACGUCCGCCAACCAAUAUCUGCUGUAAGUGAAGAUACUCACCAACAAUUCAACACACAACUCAAGCUUAUACCAAAAGUCAUAAGAUGCACUUCAAGUCCAGAUGUUCACCAAACAACUAAGUGUUCACAAACAAUGAAACAACCCCUUAUGGUCCAAAGUGUCCGCCAGCAAUCCAAUGUACAAACUAAGUGUUUUAAAAAAAUUAAAAGAACGAUUACUACUGAACGUGUCCACCAUCGAUCCAAGUAUUUAUCAAAAGUAAAGAAAACCUCAAAAUUUACCAACCAAAAUGUUUGCCAACGAUCUAAGAAAGAAACCAAGUGUUUGACAAAAGCAAAAAGAUCUGUUACGGACAAAAAUUCCAACCAAAAAUCCAGUGGACAUACUAAAUGUUCAACAAGAGAGAAAACAACUGUUACUGUCCAGAAGGGGCCCAAAAUAUCUAGUUCUACCAUCAACUAUUUACAAAACAUUAAGAGAUAUGUUAAAAGCCUCUCAAACGUCUGUCAAAAAUCAAAUAUACAAAACAAGUAUAUAUAUUUGUCAGAAAAGAAAAGGUAUCUAACGAACGAAGAUGCCCGCGGACAAAGAAGAGUAGAUACCAAUUGUUCAUCAAUUCAAGUCAAAAGAUAUUCUAUGAUCCAAAAUGGACGCCAACAAUCCAAUGUCGAGAACAGGUAUUUACGAAACAUUCACAAGAAAUCAAAUGUACAAAACAAAUGUUUUCCCAAAGUACAAAAGUCCGUUACAAAAGAAGAUAGCCGCCAACAAUCUAAUGAACAUACCAAAUGUUCAUCGAAAGUCAAAAUACCUGGUUGUGAGCAAUCUAGUGCUGAUUCCAGGUGUUUACAAAACAUAAAACGAUCCCUUACAAGCUUGGGUGGCUAUCGUAAAUCAAGUGUACAGGACAAGUGCUUUCCCAAAGUAAGAUCUAUUACAAACGAAGAUGGCCACCAGCAAUCCAGCGUAGAUAUUAAAUGUUCAUCAAGAGUAAACAAACCUGUUAUGGUCCAAACAGUCUGCCGGUUAUCUAAUGGCAAGACCAACUGUGCGGCUAACGUCAAUAGACCCAGUGCGAAUGAAGACAUUUCUAAAGAAUCUGAUGUAAAGUCAAAGGAUGUUUCAAAACCUGGUAUGAUCAAAGAUGUUGAAAAAGAUUCCAGUGAUGAAAUCGUGUCUUCACAAGCAGACAAAACAUCUAUUAUCAACGAAGAUGUUGAAAAAGAUUCCAGUGAUGAAACCGUGUCUUCACAAGCAGACAAAACAUCUAUUAUCAACGAAGAUGUUGAAAAAGAUUCCAAUGAUGAAACCGUGCUUUCACAAGCAGACAAAACAUCUAUUAUCAACGAAGAUGUUGAAAAAGAUUCCAGUGAUGAAAUCGUGUCUUCACAAGAAGACAAAAAAUGUAUUAUAAACGGAAAUGUUCAUAAAGGAUCCAAAGUUGAAGCCAAAUGUUCGCCAAAAGUACAAAGAUCCAUUGUAAAUGAAGACAUAACUAGCAAAGAAUCCAAUACAGAAACAAAGCAUUCGCAAAGCGUCAAAAGGUCCACUACAAACAAAGAUGUUUGUAAAGAGUCCAGUGUAGAUAAAAUAAAAUGUUCGACAAAAGUCCAAAAAUCUGAUAUGACUCAAAACGUUGAUAAAAAUUGUAAAGCACGGUCUCAUCCUUCCCGGGUAGCCAAAAACAAAGUGAAAGUGGAGACUCGUGAAGAAUCCAGUGAAACUACCACCUGCCUUCCACGAAUGCAGCCCUUCUUUGUAACAAGAAAGUUUCAGAAAACUAACAGUACAGAAAACCAGCAUUCGUCAAGACUCCGAGCCACGUUUGUUGUAGGAGACCGCAAUGUGUCCUAUUCACUGAUCAAGUGUCCACAAACAGUUGGAUGUUCUGCUCCUAUGCUACACGUUCGUCAAGGGUGCGUUCCAAAGACCAAACGUUCGCCAAGGAGCGUCCAGUUUCAGAUUGCGAGACAAGUGUCACAUGACUCGACCUACAACUGUUCUCGACGGCAACAACAAAUCACUCGCGACAGACGCAUGUCUAAUUCCCCUAACUACAACCGUUUUUGUUUCUCCGAUUUUCCUAAAAACAAACACAGAAGAAGAUUGUUUAUGACCUGGAAGGAGUAUGUCCAUUGUUACCCCAACGACUCGAACACCGUCGGUUCAGCGGACUCUCCCUCUGCCGGCAACAUGGUUGAUUCUGUGAAUGCGUCUUCUACCGCCAGCUCGGUGGAUGCACAUUCUGCCGCCAACACCACCAGUUUAACGGACAUGUCCUCUAGUACUGGGAGCAAGGAAUCUCUCACCCCGAUGACGCGUUCGCGGAGUUGCGUGGUGUUAAUGGACAAUUCAGAUUCGAACAUUGGCAGACGACGCUUCCCAAGUCCUUGUCUAGUGGGACUGUCUUCCGACGAGUCCGUGGCUCUGAGACCUACUAUGAACAACUACGUGGCGAGUGUAGAAUGUUCUCCGAUGAUUCGAAAACCGGACGAGAACGAUCUAAAUUCGCCGAAACAGAUGACCGACUGUAAGGGCACUGAUCAGGAACAUCUCUCACCACCUGGUGAAGGAGGUGUGGACGUUUUCGAAGGAAAGUGGGAUACGAAUACUCAUACUUCUAACUCCAGUAGACUAAGCGUAUGCGAGAACGAGCAGCGGUCACAGAAUGUUGACCAGUGUCCCAAAAAGACCACACCUGUAUACAAUACUAAAAGUGAAAUGAGUUCGAGAAAAGCUUUGACAAUGAUAUAUAAAAAAUCCAAACGUAAAAAGUAGUAUAUAUAUAUAUAUAUAUAUAUAUAUAUAUAUAUAUAUAUAUAUAUAUAUAUAUAUAUAUUAUGUCAUAUUGAAUUCGAUUGUCCAUAUUUACAGAAAAUAAAAAUGAACGAAAGAAGAAAAUAUAAUUUAAAACUACAACUUGUAGGUUUUAUUUAUGGUUAACAUGGCCAAGUGUUUCUCGACCUUCUCUACACGAUGAUUUUGUUUUAUUUUGCUUAUGUUUUAUCAACUUAGCGUUGACAAGUAUUCGACACCAAAACAUCUCUGCUCACAUACAAAAUAUAUCAUAUUUCUAGAUACUAGCAUUUAAGAAAAAACCCGCUUCUAUUCAGCAAGCGUUUUAUAUAUAUAAAAAAGGUAAUUCUUAGGAGAAAACUAUACUUUUAAAAUAUUGCAUUUGAAGUAAUUAAGCUGUAGUAUCUCUAAUAUCUCUAAAACCAUAAAUAUACUGUAUGGUUUUGUCUUGUCUUGUCUUGAUAUAUGCCAAUUCAUCGGUUCCCUCUUGCCGCAAAUGGACUUCACUAAAGCAGU